CCAGCCACCCUCCCGUCCCCGUCUCUUCCUCCCUCCCUUCCUCCCGUCUCCUCUCGGUUCCCUCCCGCUUCCCCCCGUACCUUCCCCUCGACUCUCUGAGUUAACUGGGAGCUCAGCCUCCACCCCCAACAUUCCCACCCAUUCCCCAGCCCCCAUCUCCAAGGAUGGAGUCGGGGUUUCCGGAGAGACCAAACUCCCCUCUCUGCAUCUUUUCCGUCCGCUGUUGCUAAACUGGCCUCAGGGGACGAGGAGGGAGAGCGUCCGACUCCCCUCACACCACCACCAACUACACCACCAACCACCUCCACUCCAAAGCCGGAUUCUGUCUGCGUCCUAGGGGUGGGACACACCUUGUCCCGGACUCGAUUCUCUUCUUACUCUUCGAGGUUGACACCUCCAGAAUGAAGAAGAUGAGCAACAUUUAUGAGUCAGCUGCCAAUACGCUGGGAAUCUUUAACAGCCCCUGCCUGACCAAAGUUGAGCUGCGUGUGGCGUGCAAAGGCAUUUCCGACAGAGAUGCUCUUUCCAAACCAGACCCCUGUGUCAUCCUCAAGAUGCAAUCCCACGGGCAGUGGUUUGAGGUUGACAGAACAGAGGUGAUUCGCACCUGCAUAAACCCGGUGUAUUCAAAACUGUUCACUGUGGACUUUUACUUUGAAGAGGUGCAGCGCCUGCGGUUUGAAGUUCAUGACAUCAGCAGCAACCAUAACGGGCUGAAGGAGGCUGACUUCCUGGGUGGCAUGGAGUGCACGCUCGGCCAGAUCGUUUCCCAGAGAAAACUGUCUAAAUCCUUGUUGAAGCAUGGGAACACAGCAGGGAAAUCCUCCAUCACGGUGAUUGCUGAAGAAUUAUCUGGCAAUGAUGACUACGUUGAACUUGCAUUCAAUGCACGGAAAUUGGAUGACAAGGAUUUCUUCAGUAAAUCUGACCCAUUUCUGGAAAUUUUUCGUAUGAAUGAUGAUGCAACCCAGCAGCUUGUACACCGAACUGAGGUUGUGAUGAAUAACUUAAGCCCAGCCUGGAAAUCAUUCAAAGUAUCAGUCAAUUCUCUAUGCAGUGGAGAUCCAGACCGCCGGCUGAAGUGCAUAGUAUGGGACUGGGACUCCAAUGGCAAACAUGACUUCAUUGGAGAAUUCACCUCGACAUUCAAAGAGAUGAGAGGAGCAAUGGAAGGGAAACAGGUGCAGUGGGAGUGCAUCAACCCCAAGUACAAAGCCAAGAAGAAGAACUAUAAGAACUCGGGCAUUGUGAUUUUGAAUCAGUGCAAGAUCCACAAGAUGCAUUCUUUCUUGGACUACAUCAUGGGCGGCUGCCAAAUCCAGUUUACAGUAGCUAUAGAUUUCACUGCCUCAAAUGGGGACCCCAGGAACAGCUGUUCCCUGCACUACAUCCACCCUUACCAACCCAACGAGUACCUGAAAGCCUUGGUGGCUGUGGGUGAGAUUUGCCAAGACUAUGACAGUGACAAAAUGUUCCCGGCCUUUGGGUUCGGUGCCAGGAUACCCCCAGAAUACACGGUCUCUCACGACUUCGCAAUCAACUUUAAUGAAGACAACCCAGAAUGUGCAGGAAUUCAAGGAGUUGUGGAAGCCUAUCAGAGCUGCCUUCCCAAGCUCCAACUCUACGGUCCCACCAACAUCGCCCCCAUCAUUCAGAAGGUCGCCAAGUCAGCAUCAGAAGAGACUAACACCAAGGAGGCAUCGCAAUACUUCAUCCUGCUGAUCCUCACCGACGGCGUCAUCACAGACAUGGCCGACACCCGGGAGGCCAUCGUCCACGCCUCCCACCUCCCCAUGUCGGUCAUCAUCGUCGGGGUGGGCAACGCUGACUUCAGCGACAUGCAGAUGCUGGAUGGUGACGACGGCAUUCUGAGGUCACCCAAGGGAGAGCCUGUCCUUCGAGAUAUCGUCCAGUUCGUGCCCUUCAGGAACUUCAAACACGCAUCUCCAGCUGCCCUGGCAAAGAGUGUGUUGGCCGAAGUCCCAAAUCAAGUCGUGGACUAUUACAAUGGCAAAGGGAUUAAGCCAAAAUGUUCAUCAGAAAUGUAUGAGUCUUCCAGAACACUAGCGCCGUGAACUCCGCACGCUUUUCCAGAGUUCUGAAACACUAUUCCUGAUAACAUUUAAUACUUCUACUACUCCUGUACUUAAAAAGACACACACACAUACACAUUUAAAAAAUAGCACGUUUGGGUGAUUUUUAACUGACAAUUUUUUUUUGCAUGUGUAGCCCUGAGGUCUGGAUCUGUUAAGCUCUUGUAUUGUCAAAGACUUUUUACAAGGAAACACAAAUAAUUGUAACUUACUCUUUACAUUAUAGCAUGUCGCCUUGAAAUAAAAUGUUGUCUGUAUCCGUUUUUUAUACAGGUUUGUCGAAAUUUUGCUAAAUUUCUUAUUAUCUUUACACUGUGAAGCAUUUUGAAACAUUUACUGAACGUCGAUAGCCAAAACAUAUUUGGUUUUACCUGCUACGGGAUGAGAGACUUUUCAAAAUGGCAGAUGCAUGGACUGUAUUUUGCAUGUUUAAAAUAAAAACAUACCAACAAACAAACCACACUGUUUUUUGCAGUUGUUAUCUAUAAUCCCUCCCUGCUAAAAACGGUCUCUUUGCUGAAGAAAAGGUUCAUCCACCUAGACAUAGACUUCUAGAAGUGGGUCUGGGGCACCUCUCAGCCCAGCACCUCUCAGACUUGACUGUGCACACAGACUACCUGAGGAUCUUGUUAAAAUUCAGACUGGUGCAACAGGUCCGCAGGACCCAAGAUUCUGCAUCUCUAACAAGGUCCCAGGUGACGCCAUUGCAGUCUACACUGAAGAAUACUGAAGUUCUAGGCUUUGGGGUAUCAUCCUAGAGACCGUCUGAAACAGGGAAGCACCUCGUCUGCUUGUGAAGGGCACUUGUCCCCUGCCAGUAGCACAAAAGCCCCGCCUGUCUCCGAGGUGGGAAUAGAAAGUAGUGAAACUGAUUCCAGAAGCUGCAUACCCCAAAUCAGUCUCACUGCUUUAUAGUCACUCCUCUUCCUUAAAAAGACUGGGGAGGGUUCCUCCUUGCCAGCCCCUGCCCUCUUAAAGGAGGCAUCACACGACCUCAACAGGAAUGGUUCCAUUUUUAUGUCAAUCCCUAGGAGAGACCUCAGAGUCUUCAGUGGGACCACAACAAUGGAAACUUGUUCAUGGCCAAUGGCCAUGCAGAAUGGUUCUCCAGAAACUUGGCCCACCGAGCUGAUCUUUAAGCUUAGUGUGGGGCUUCUGACUGCCUCUUUUUAUCACUCCUGAGAGCAAAUUCUACCAGCAGAAAUGCCUAGAAUCAUUGUUCUGUGUGGAGGUGUUUUGUUUUGAUAGAAACCGGCCAGUCUUGAACCAGAACGAAUGUUUCCCUUGUCUAAUGUUCUCACAGAGAAAUGGACAAGCGUUUUACAGGUAUAAAAGGCACAAGGAGGAACUUAUUUUUGGUCAGGGCAUUGGGGAAGUAAAUCACAAGGCAAAAUAGAUCUGUUUGUUGUUUGUUGCGGGAGGAAGUAUUAAUAAGCAAAUCAAAUGCCUUGUAUGAUCUCCAGUGUUAUAAUUAUAGAUCCUAACUUUGCAAAUACAUGUCAGCCAAAUGCACAACAUUUUGGGAAUGAUGGUAAAAAAAAAUGUAUGAC